GACCCUUCUGUGUUACGCGUUGAACUUUCAACGCCUCCCUCUCUCUCUCUCUAAAAAAAUUAACACAGGUUAUCUUUGUGGAUCUCUUCUUCUACCCCUAUUAACCCCUUUCUCUCUGAUCCACAAACCCGAAACACUACAGCUCAACAAACCCCCAACUGAGUUUUUUUUCCCUCUAUCAAGAAAGGAAUCAAUCAAAACUACCCCUUGAUUAUUUUAUCAUAUCUUUGAUUUUUAUCUUUUUAACAUAUUAUAUUGCAAAUUAUAGACGUAUUUGCUGUUUACAUUUCAUUUUCAGUCGUAUUAUAAUGUGGGUUUGGUUCUGUCUCUGAUGGGUGCUUUAAGGAAGUGAGUUAUAUAGAAUAGAGCAAGAGAUUUAGAGAGAGAGAGAGAGAGAGAGAGAGAGAGAGUUGGAUAGAGAGGAAAGGUCUCUACUUUCUUAAUGGGUUUGUCCAAGAGAUUUGCGGUGUGAAGUGGGUUCCUCUCGGAUUUCUAAGUCUUUCGGUGUUUAUGUGCUAAGUUUGUGCUUGUGUUUGGAGAAUCAAUGGAUACUAAAGGACGGCUUGUUGCGGGUUCACACAAUAGGAAUGAAUUUGUCUUAAUCAAUGCGGAUGAAGUUGGAAGAGUGACUUCUGUGAAAGAAUUGAGUGGUCAGAUUUGCCAGAUUUGUGGAGAUGAGAUUGAAAUAACAGUUGAUGGUGAGCCAUUUGUUGCUUGCAAUGAAUGUGCUUUCCCGAUUUGCAGACCUUGCUAUGAAUACGAAAGAAGAGAGGGAAACCAAGCUUGCCCUCAAUGCAAAACCAGAUACAAACGGAUUAAAGGGAGUCCAAGAGUUGAUGGAGAUGAAGAUGAGGAGGAAUUUGAUGAUUUGGACAAUGAAUUUGAUCUUGCAAACUAUCCGAGGAGAGACCCUCAUAGUGUUGCUGAGGCUGUUCUCUCUUCGCGCCUUAAUAUCGGCCGUGGUACAUCUCAUGCAUCUGGCUUUGCCACCCCUUCUGAGGUGGAUGCAGCCACUCUAAAUCCAGAGAUCCCUCUUCUUACUUAUGGCCAAGAGGAUGAUGGGAUUUCUGCUGACAAACAUGCUCUAAUCAUCCCACCAUUUAUGAAUCGAGCAAAGCGAAUCCAUCCUAUGCCAUUUUCUGAUACUGCCUCAUCAGUUUCUUUGCCACCUCGACCCAUGGAUCCUAAGAAAGAUCUGGCGGUUUAUGGUUAUGGAACGGUUGCGUGGAAAGAUAGAAUGGAGGAAUGGAGGAAGAGACAAAAUGAUAAACUCCAAAUGGUUAAGCACGAAGGUGAUGGUGGUGGCAGUGGACAUAAUGAUGGAGAUGUUGAUGAUCCUGAUAUGCCCAAGAUGGACGAAGGGAGGCAACCACUCUCGAGGAAGUUACCAAUUUCUUCAAGCAAGAUAAAUCCAUACCGAAUGGUCAUAUUGUUGCGUAUGGUGAUUCUUGGUCUCUUCUUUCACUAUAGAAUCCUGCACCCUGUCAAGGAUGCAUAUGCCUUAUGGCUCACAUCAAUCAUUUGUGAGAUAUGGUUUGCGGUAUCAUGGAUCUUUGACCAAUUCCCAAAAUGGUUCCCAAUCGAGCGUGAAACUUACCUAGAUCGAUUGUCUCUGAGGUACGAGAAAGAGGGGAAACCUUCUGAGUUGGCUCCUAUAGAUGUCUUUGUGAGUACGGUUGAUCCGUUGAAAGAACCUCCUCUCAUUACCGCUAACACGGUGUUAUCCAUUCUUGCUGUGGAUUAUCCCGUUGAUAAGGUUGCUUGCUAUGUCUCUGACGAUGGUGCGGCCAUGCUUACGUUCGAAGCUCUCUCAGAAACGUCUGAGUUUGCAAGAAAAUGGGUACCAUUUUGCAAGAAGUUUAAUAUAGAGCCGCGUGCUCCCGAGUGGUAUUUUGCUGAGAAGGUUGAUUAUCUUAAAGACAAAGUACAUCCCUCAUUUGUCCGAGAACGCCGUGCUAUGAAGAGGGAAUACGAAGAGUUCAAGAUACGGAUCAAUGGGCUUGUGACGAUGGCACAGAAGGUUCCGGAAGAGGGAUGGACAAUGCAGGACGGUACUCCAUGGCCAGGAAACGACGUUAGGGAUCAUCCCGGAAUGAUCCAGGUUUUCCUAGGGAAUAAUGGUGUCCAUGACAUGGAAGGAAAUGAGUUACCGCGGCUUGUUUACGUUUCUCGUGAAAAGAGGCCUGGAUUCGAUCACCACAAGAAAGCUGGUGCCAUGAAUGCUCUAAUUCGUGUUUCGGCUGUCAUAUCAAACGCACCUUAUAUGCUCAACGUCGAUUGUGAUCACUAUAUAAACAACAGUAAAGCACUGCGAGAAUCUAUGUGCUUCAUGAUGGAUCCGACAUCUGGAAAGAAGAUUUGCUAUGUUCAAUUUCCUCAAAGAUUUGAUGGGAUCGAUCGACAUGAUAGAUACUCAAAUCGCAACGUUGUGUUCUUCGACAUUAAUAUGAAAGGGCUUGAUGGCAUACAAGGGCCGAUAUACGUUGGAACGGGUUGUGUGUUCAGGAGACAAGCAUUGUAUGGAUAUGAUGCCCCGACGAAGAAGAAACCUCCAGGCAAAACAUGCAACUGCUUGCCAAAAUGGUUUUGUUGUUUUUGCAAUUCAAGAAAGAAGAAAAGCAAAGGGAAGUCAAAGGAGAAGACGAAGAAGACGAAAGAAACUUCCACACAAAUACAUGCACUCGAAAAUAUCGAAGAAGGAAUUGAAGGAAUAGAUAGCGAAAAGUCGUCGCUCAUGCCUCAGAUAAAGUUUGAGAAGAAGUUUGGUCAGUCUCCGGUGUUCAUAGCUUCAACCCUUUUGGAUGAUGGCGGUGUUCCACCAGGAGCAACCUCCGCAUCACUCUUGAAAGAAGCCAUUCAUGUGAUAAGUUGUGGUUAUGAAGAUAAAACCGAAUGGGGGAAAGAGGUUGGCUGGAUUUAUGGUUCGGUGACUGAGGAUAUCUUAACCGGUUUCAAGAUGCAUUGCCAUGGUUGGAGAUCGGUGUAUUGCAUUCCAAAGAGGCCAGCAUUCAAGGGUUCAGCUCCUAUUAAUCUUUCGGAUCGUCUUCACCAAGUUCUUAGGUGGGCUUUGGGGUCUGUCGAAAUCUUGUUAAGCCGACAUUGUCCGAUAUGGUACGGUUAUGGGUGCGGUUUGAAGCCAUUGGAACGGUUUUCAUAUAUAAACUCUGUUGUUUAUCCGUUGACAUCUGUUCCAUUGGUGGCGUAUUGUACUCUUCCGGCCGUCUGUCUCCUCACUGGAAAGUUCAUCGUUCCUGAGAUAAGCAAUUAUGCUAGCAUUCUCUUCAUGCUCAUGUUUUUGUCGAUUGCCGUAACGAGUAUCCUUGAAAUUCAAUGGGGAGGUGUCGGCAUAGACGACUUAUGGAGGAACGAGCAAUUUUGGGUUAUUGGUGGGGUCUCGUCUCAUCUUUUCGCGCUUUUCCAAGGUCUCCUCAAGGUGUUGGCUGGAGUGAACACCGCCUUCACCGUUACCUCGAAAGGAGGAGACGAUGGGGAUUUUGCCGAGCUCUACCUCUUCAAGUGGACCACCCUGUUGAUUCCUCCGUUAACCCUCUUGAUCUUCAACAUCAUCGGUGUGAUUGUCGGCAUCUCAGAUGCAAUCAGCAACGGGUACGAGUCGUGGGGCCCGCUUUUCGGGAGAUUGUUUUUUGCAAUAUGGGUGAUUCUGCAUCUUUACCCUUUUCUCAAAGGUAUGAUGGGAAGGCAGAGCAAUGUUCCGACCAUCAUCAUCGUGUGGUCGAUCUUGCUCGCUUCGAUCUUUUCUCUUUUAUGGGUUCGUGUUAACCCGUUCUUGGACAGAGGUGGGAUUGUGUUGGAGGUUUGUGGGUUGGACUGUGAUUGAAGAAGAUACGGAAAACACGUUACAGACGAACGAACGAACGAUUCAAACCGUGAAUUCGAUAUUUAUUAGUGAAUGUGUGUAGAUAAAAAGGGCAGGGACCUGAUACUUUGAUGAUUGAUUUUGCAAAGUCUUUUUAUUUUGAUUUUUUUUUAAAAAAAUCUUCAAAUUGAUUCUUUAAAAUUUGGGUAAUUUUUGUGGGUUGUGAGGGAUAGAACUUGAAGGAGAUGAAUCUGUCUUGUAUUCCCAGGAAGAACAUAAAGUUUAGUUAUUUAUUUCUCAUAUAAUUUAAGGUCUUUCUGAAUAAGGGACUUUUGAUUUUUAUCA